AUCCACAAAACUUAAUCUCAAUCACAACAAAAUACAAAAAUCACCAUAGACAAAAUAUGAAGCGAUUUAUUGUUCUUGCGCUUUGCAUGCUAAUGGUUCUUGAAACCACAAAGGGUUUAGAUUUCCAUGACAAAGAUGUGGAAUCAGAGGAUAGCUUGUGGGAGCUAUACGAACGGUGGAGGAGCCACCACGCAAUAGCUAGGAGCCUUGAAGAGAAAGCUAAGAGGUUCAACGUGUUCAAGCACAACGUUAGGCACAUCCACGAGACCAACAAGAAGGACAAUUCUUACAAGCUCAAGCUCAACAAGUUUGGUGACAUGACUAGUGAAGAAUUUAGGACAACAUACGCUGGUUCAAACAUCAAACAUCAUAGGAUGUUUCAAGGCGAAAGACAGACCACAAAGAGCUUCAUGUAUGCAAAUGUAGAUACUCUCCCAACCACCGUUGAUUGGAGAAAGAAUGGAGCCGUCACUCCUGUUAAAAACCAAGGCCAAUGCGGGAGUUGUUGGGCGUUUUCAACAGUUGUGGCUGUGGAAGGAAUCAACCAAAUAAGAACGAAAAAGCUGACAUCACUAUCAGAGCAAGAGCUAGUGGACUGCGAUACGAACCAGAACCAAGGAUGCAAUGGAGGUUUGAUGGACCUUGCUUUUGAGUUCAUUAAGGAGAAAGGAGGACUCACAAGCGAGCUAGUGUACCCUUACAAAGCUUCUGAUGAAACUUGUGACACAAACAAAGAAAAUGCUCCGGUAGUUUCAAUCGAUGGACACGAAGAUGUUCCUAAGAACAGUGAGGAUGAUCUAAUGAAAGCUGUUGCUCAUCAGCCUGUCUCUGUUGCAAUUGAUGCUGGAGGCUCAGACUUCCAAUUCUACUCGGAGGGAGUUUUCACGGGGCGAUGCGGAACAGAGCUGAACCAUGGAGUUGCGGUAGUUGGCUAUGGAACGACGAUAGAUGGAACAAAGUAUUGGAUUGUUAAGAACUCUUGGGGAGAGGAAUGGGGAGAGAAAGGAUACAUAAGAAUGCAAAGAGGGAUUCGUCACAAAGAAGGACUUUGUGGUAUUGCAAUGGAAGCUUCUUAUCCUCUCAAGAACUCCAACACUAAUCCUUCAGGACUUUCCUCGGAUUCGCUUAAGGAUGAACUCUAAAAGCUCUUUAUAUUUACUUAUUUAGAUUAAAAAGACAUUGACAAGUUUGUUUAUGAUGCUUGUUUGAUUUUUUAAUAUAUAUCUUCAUCGUUA